AUGGCCCACCGAUGCAACGUGUCUCUGGCGAACCACCGCAUAGUGUCUUCGCUGCAGCGGCGCUGCCGCUUUUUCGUUUUAGCUGCUGAAGGAGACGAAAGAAUAGCCGAAGUUCGUCCCUUUGGAGAUCCAAAAAAGGGAAAAGACGAGUCUUGGGCUGCUUACAGGCAGCAGCAAAUCAAGAGUGCGGGCCCUCCCGCUGCUGCUGCUGCUGCUGCUGCUGCUGCUGCUGCUGCUGCGGCAGCCGCCGGCCAGAAACGCGUCAAAGACGAGGCGCGGGAGACCCUGCAGCAGCAGGAGGACGAGCAGCAGCAGCAGCAGGAGAUGCAGCAGGAGGAGCCGCAGCAGGAGCAGCAGCAAGAGCCGCAGCAGGAGCAGCAGCAAGAGCUGCAGCAGGAGCUGCAGCAGGAGCAGCAGCAAGAGCUGCAGCGGGAGCCGGAGCCGCAGCAAGAGCUGCAGCAGGAGGAGGCAGCAGCUGGCCGGCCUCGCGGGAGGACCAAGAGAGCAGCAGCAGCAGGAGGAGCAGCAGCAGGAGCAGCAGCAGCAGGAGAGGAAUCGCAGCAGCAGCAGCGGCAGCGCCGUGGGCGCGGCGCCCGGAAAGCCGAGGGCGGCGACUCCGACGCUGCUGCUGCUGCUGCAGCUGCUGCAGCAGCGAAGGUGGAGGAAGCAGCGGGAAAGGACGAGGCCGCAAACGCCCCCGCAGCAGCAGAAGACGCUGCUGCUGCUGCAGCAGCAGCAGCAGCAGCAGCAGCAGCAGACGCAGCAGGCGGCGACGAAACGACGACCGCAACAGUAGACGGCGAGAGUUUCGCCUCCGACCCCCCCCCCUCCUCCUCCGCCCCUCCCC